AUGAGUUGUUCAAAUGUAGUUGUUAUGGUGGUUCUUUCAUGGAUUUUCUUUGCUUCAAGUACUCAUCAGUUAAGAAGCUAUGAAACACAAAUUCUUCUUCAGCUGAGGAAGCACUUGGAGCACCCAAUGCAAUUGGCUAAUUGGGAAAAUUACAAUGGUGAUUUCUGUAAUUUGUUCUCCCCUCCACAAAUUAGCAUCAAAUGCGAGAACAACUCUGUUAUCGAGCUCAGGAUUAUGGGAGAUAAGCCUGUCAACGUCAGUGAAUUCAUUGGAUUCCCAAUUCCCAAUCAAACCUUAUCUGGAAGUUUUUCUAUUGAUUCUUUUGUUACCACAUUGACAAGGUUAACUAGCUUAAGGGUUCUCAGCUUAGUCUCUCUGGGAAUUUGGGGACCACUUCCUGACAAAAUUCAUCGGUUAUAUUCCCUUGAAGCUUUUGAUAUGAGUUCGAAUUUUAUAUUUGGUUCUGUUCCAUCAGAGAUGUCUAGAUUGGUGAAGCUUCAGACUUUCACAUUGGAUGGGAAUUUUUUCAAUGAUACAAUCCCCGAAUGGCUCAAUUCUCUAACAAAUCUCACUGUUUUAAGCUUAAAGAACAACAGGUUCAAGGGUCAGAUUCCUUCUACAGUUUCCAGAAUAACAACACUGACUGAAGUUGUUUUGUCCCACAAUUUGCUUUCUGGGAAAUUGCCUGAUUUGAGUGACUUGUCUAAUUUACAACUGUUGGAUUUGAGAGAGAACCAUUUAGAUUCCAUACUGCCUCCUCUGCCAAAAGGACUGACUAAUAUUUUUCUCAGCAAUAAUUCAUUUUCUGGUAGUAUCCCGGACCAACUUGGCAAAUUGAAUGAACUUCAGCGUCUCGAUUUAUCAAAUAAUCAUCUGAGUGGGAUGACUCCUACGGAGUUGUUCUCUUUGCCCAAUAUUAGUUACUUGAAUUUAUCAUCCAACAUGCUUAGUGGUUCACUUCCACAGCAUCUCAAGUGUGGGGAUGCUCUCAGUCUCGUCGAUAUUUCUGAUAACAGAUUGAUAGGUGCGCUUCCAACUUGCCUGGACAUUGAUUCAGAUAAGAGAGUUGUCAAGACUAGUGGGAAUUGCUUGUCGUUUGAUACCAGAAGUCAGCAUCCUGAGUCAUAUUGCAAUGACACUGGAAAAGAUAAAGGACUAUCUUCUGGGAAGAAAAUAGCCAUAUUUACCGCCGUCACUGGGGGAAUUGUUGUCACUGUUGUACUCCUCUUGGUUGCUGGGCUUCUCUUUUUCUGUAAAAGACAUCACACAGAGAGGACAGUGGUUCAGCAUGUUACACCAAAGAUUGUGCAAGAUGAUGCACCGCUAGGGAUUUCUGCCGAACUCCUUGCAAAUGCCAGGAUCAUUACUCAAGCUGCAAAACUCGGUACACGAAGUGCUCCAGCAUGUAGGGUGUUUUCCAUUGAAGAACUGGGAGAAGCCACUGACAAUUUUGAUCAGUUAGCUUUCCUGGGUGAGAGCUCUAUAGGAAAGAUUUAUAAAGGAAGAUUAGAGAAUGGCACCUAUGUUGCUAUACGAUCCUUGGCUUUAUGUAGAAAAUAUUCUAUUCAGAACCUCAAACAACACUUGGAUUUGCUCUCAAAGCUUCGGCACCCCCAUCUUGUAGGCCUUCUAGGUCAUUGCAUUGAUGGUGGAAGGCAGGACGAUUUAUCUGUCCAUAGAUUGCUUCUCGUGUAUGAAUUUGUCCCUAAUGGAAACUUCUGUGCUUACCUUUCAGACACUAGUCCCGGGAAAGCGCUGAAGUGGUCGGAUAGAUUAGGUGUGCUGAUCGGUGUUGCCAAGGCUGUGCAUUUUCUACAUACUGGGGUGAUUCCCCCGUGUUACAAUAACUGCCUGAAGACGAAUAAUAUACUGCUGGAUGAGCAUCAGAUUGCAAAGCUUAGUGACUACGGGAUGUCCAUAAUCACGGAUGAAACUGAAAGGGCUGAAGCUAAGGUGGAUGGCUCCAAAUCAUGGCGUUCGACAAAGCGAGAGGAUGAUGUUUACAACUUUGGAUUCAUAUUGCUCGAGUCACUUGUGGGUCCUAUUGCAAGUGGAAAAGGAGAAGCAUUUUUGCUAAAUGAAAUGACGUCCUUUGGGAGUCAAGACGGUAUGCGCAAAAUUGUGGAUCCAAUUGUGUUAACCACUAGUUCACAGGAGUCGUUGUCAAUUGUGGUGUCCUUAACCAAUAAAUGUAUUUUACCUGAAUCUUCAAGCCGGCCCUCAUUUGAGGAUGUCCUCUGGAAUCUGCAAUAUGCAGCUCAAGUUCAGGCUACUGUCGAUUCAGAUCAGAAAUCAGAUACUACCUCACACUCUCUUUCCCUUCGCACUUUCCUCUUAAUACUUCUCCACUGCUUUCCCUCUGUCCUGUGCACAUUCCAUAGCAUUACAUGUAAGAAAGCAAUCCUAUUUCUGUUACCGUGGUUCUGGGAGAUUAAGCCCUGGCCCCCAUCACAAUCACUGAGAACACAUCGUUCCGUUCUGAUUCAAUGGGAACAUGGUGAUAGGAUUUCUGGGUUCACUAACCAAGUUGUCCCUUCACUUGAGACUGGAUCUAGUGUAGGUGAUGGAAGAAUUGAAUUCAACGAGUCUUUUAGGCUUCCUGUGACACUAUUGAGAGAAAUGUCCAUUAAAAGUGAGAAUGGAGACACUUUUCAGAAGAAUUGCCUCUUGUUCAAUCUAUAUGAACCUCGGAGUAAUAAGAUGGUGAAAGGUCAGCUGUUGGGAACUGCUAUUGUAGACUUGGCAGAUUACGGUGUUGUUAAAGAGAGUCUAAGCAUUAAUGUUCCCAUUAACUGUAAGCGGACAUAUAAAAACACUGCACAACCACUUCUCUUCCUAAAGAUUCAGCCAGUUAAGAUGAGAGGAGCUUCAGUGCACAGGAAUCAUGGUGAUUCUGUUUCUUCAUUGCUGAGUGAAGAAUAUGCAGAAGAAGCUGAUUUGGCCUCGUUUACCGAUGAUGAUGUUUCGUCACACUCGUCGCCGACUGUUUUUUCUUCAAUAGUUGAAUCAAAUGGGUGUUCAGCACAUCAGAGAGUGAACGGAAAAGUGGGAGUGAAUGGCAGUACUGUAGAGCCAAAAGUUGACCAUUUCCAAGAUUCAAAACACCAUGUUGCCAAAGCACAUAAGGAGCAAGUGACUAUAGAGAGGUCAUCUUGUUCCUCAUCAAUAGAUUUAUCUUCUGAUCUCUCGUGGAUCUCAAAGAAAAUUACUGCUCGAAGUUUACAGUCCUCUUCAACCAAAGAAUCAGAGAGAGAGCAGAAUUUUAACUUGAGAAGCCACAGCCAUGAAAAACAAUCAGUGAACAUUCAGGAAAACAAUGUUGCAAGUGACAUGAAAAUUGAAUGCUCCAAAGGAAGAAUAUUUAAUGGUACUAUUACCAAAGAAACCCACGCAAAUUUAGAUUGCCAGGCAGAUGAAGAUUUGGACUUUGUCGAAUCUCAUUGCAGCAGUAAUGGUGAUGAUAUUGUAUCUCCUCUUAGCAUUGAAGGUCCUAAUUAUUUUCAAAGAAGUGCUGUCACUCAUAAUGGUUUUAAAAAGGCUGAGACCCCAGAAAAACAUCAAGAAUAUGCACAAGAAGCAGAAAUUACUGAAGAGAAUGCGAAAUACAUUAAUGAUGAUCUGUUGAAUAGUUCUUCUCAAGAUGAUGUUCAAAAUCAAGUCUCAGUAGGUAAUGGUGAGCUUUCUUCCAGUAAAGAGAAUCUCCUGUUUAAGAGAAAUUUUCCAAAUACCAAUGAUAGAUCAAAUCGUGGGAAGUCUGUUUUAUCAACAACAGACUUGUACAGAAGCAACAGAUCUGUUCAGGUUAAUAAAUAUUUUGUGGCAGACAGUGAUAUAACUCGAGGCUGUUUAAGCAGAAAACCAAAAGAUGCUAAGAUGUCUUCAAAGGAAUCAAGAAAUCACUUUUCAGAGAGUAGAAUUCAGCAUUUGGAACACAGAAUAAAGAUGCUAGAAGGAGAACUGAGAGAAGCUGCUGCUAUGGAGGUUAGUCUGUACUCAAUAGUUGCAGAGCACGGAAGUUCCAUGACUAAAGUACAUGCUCCAGCUCGACGCCUCUCGAGGCUCUAUCUUCAUGCAUGCAAACAGAAUUCAAAAUCAAGGGCAUGCAGUGUGGCUAAAAGUGCUGCAUCAGGAUUACUUUUAGUUGCAAAAGCAUGCGGAAAUGAUGUUCCUAGAUUAACUUUCUGGCUAUCAAAUUGCAUUGUACUGAGAGCAAUUAUAAGCAAUUCAUUUGGAAAAAGUCAGUUACCUAUUUCUGUCGGACCUAUUACUGGAAAGGUGGGGUAUAGGAAUGGCAACAAGAAAUCAGCAGCACUAAUAUGGGGGUCCAUUUCCGGCAAGGGUACAAGAAUUCCUAUUGAGGAAAGUUUCAAUAACUGGGAGAACCCCCUUAUAUUUGCAGCUGGACUUGAAAGGGCUGAAGCAUGGAUAUUUUCUCGAAUAAUUGAGUCUAUUUGGUGGCAGACUUUCACUCCACAUAUGCAGUCUGGUGCUGCCAAAGCAAUUCGUAAAAGUAUGAAUUCUGACAAAAGUAGAUUAUAUCGAAGGACAUCUAGUUCAGCCAAUCAAGAACAGGGUAAUUUUUCUUUGGAAUUUUGGAAAAGGGCUUUCAGGGAUGCUUGCGAAAGGAUUUGUCCUGUUCGAGCCGAAGGACAUGAGUGUGGCUGUUUGCGCAUGCUCUCUAGAAUGAUAAUGGAGCAAUGCAUUGCCAGAUUGGAUGUGUCAAUGUUUAAUGCCAUCCUUCGUAAAUCUGCCGAUGAAAUUCCAACAGAUCCUGUUUCCGACCCCAUUAGUGAUUCUGAGGUUCUUCCUAUUCAGGCAGGGAACACUAGCUUUGGGUCUGGUGUACAACUGAAAAAUGUGAUUGGGAACUGGUCUAGAUGGUUAACUGAUCUCUGCGGUAUUGAUGAUGAUGAUUCAUGUAAAGAUGAGACUAGCCAAGAUAAUGCUGUUAAUGACUGGAGAAAUGACACAUCAUUAAAGCCUUUCCAUCUCCUCAAUGCGCUGAGUGAUCUAAUGAUGCUUCCAAAGGAUAUGCUACAAAGUCGAACAACUAGAAAAGAGGUAUGUCCUACAUUUGGUCCAGCACUGAUAAGAAGGGUUCUUGACUCUUUCAUCCCAGAUGAAUUUUGCCCCGACUCGAUCCCUGGAGUUGUACUUGAUGCCUUGAAUUCAGAGGAUCUUCUUGAUGCCGAGGAAGAUUCUUUUAUGAACUUCCCAUGUGCUGCAGCCCCUAUCGAAUACAUGGCACCUUCGGUUUCUUCAGUUACUGUAAUUCUACACGAAUUCGGUAGCAACUCUUCAAUGCUCAAGAAAUCAUACACUAGUGACGACGAGCUUGAUGAACUGAAUUCGCCUUUAAGAUCUAUCAUCGCGAACAGUUUUCACCAUUCACGUUCUUCAGGAAAGCCCGACUGGAAGUCGACAGAAAGUGGAAGUCAAAAUGCCGUGAGAUUCUUUCGAUUGUUAAUGGAGAAAUACCAGCAAUACGAACCUGUGUUCAAUCAUUUUGAUGCAAACGGAGACGGGAAAAUAUCGGCUUCAGAGUUGCAGCAGUGUGUUGAAUCAAUAAGCCGAGGAGGAGAGUUUUCGUUGGCAGACGCAGAUGUUGCUGUGGUUCUGAUGGACUCUGAUGGAGAUGGAUUGCUUUGUUUUGAGGAUUUUGUGAAAUUAGUUGAAUUUGGAGUUGGAGAAGAAGAAAAGGCAAAUGAUUUAAAGGAGACGUUCAGGCUGUAUGAAAUGGAGGGGAGUGGGUGCAUUACACCCAAGAGUUUGAAGAGGAUGCUUAGUAAAUUAGGAGAGAUCAGGAGCAUUGAGGAAUGUAGUGUUAUGAUUCAUCAUUUUGAUCUCAAUGGAGAUGGGGUGCUCAAUUUUGACGAGUUUAAGGUUAUGAUGUCGUGUUGA